AUGCUUAAAGCUGUUUCAGGAUUAAAAUCACCUGAAGUUUUGAGUGAAAUGUCGUUAUGGUUCUACAAAACAUUUCAAAUACUUUUAAUUGAAUUAAGAAUAUCUCAUCUUGACUUUCUUGAGUCAAAAAUGACAAGCAGACUUUUCACGUUAGAAUAUUUUAGAAAUAAACUUCGUCUGUCGGAAGAACUGCUGACUGUUUAUGACUCUGAAACACUCCAAGAUGCUUUCUCAGACGAAGUAGAAGUUUCGACAACGAACAACGAUGAAUUACUUUCCGUCUCCGCAGUUAUUGAUGAACUUAACGUUGAAAUUAUGUAG